CCAAACAAACCCCUUCUAUUUCUUUAGGCAUGCAGAUAAAUACAAAAUCACCAAUCUAUUAAUCUUCUAAUUUUUCACAAAGCAAUAAACUAAUUUUCAACUUUUUACCCUUCUAAAUUUAGCUGCAUUACCAUUUACUACCAAACUCCAUUUUCCUCACUUUAACACCUUCAUCUACCAACCAACAAUUCAAACAGAUCCCAAUUACCCUUUCUCUCUCUCUUUUUUUUCAAACCAAUAAAUCAAGCACUCAACUCCACACUCCCUCACUCACUCUCUCACUCCAAAAAAAAUGGCUUUCAAAAAAUCACUUAUUCACUUCAUCACCUUAUCACUUUUCAUCACAACAUUCUCUCUUCUUCCAUCUUCAACUUCAUCUAGAAUCACUCCAUCAUCACACACUUCACUUCUUGAUGUCUCUUCAUCAAUUCAACAAACCAAACAAGUCCUUACUUUUAACCCUAAAAACAACACUCUUCUAGAAUCUUCUUCUAUGCAACAAAAACCCAUUUCAAAUUCUUCAACUUCAUUCUCAAUUCUCAUACACCCAAGAGAGACCCUUUUGAAUGAAAACCACAAAGACUAUAAAAAUCUAAUCUUGUCUCGACUCGCUCGUGACUCAGCUCGAGUCAACUCACUCAACAUAAAACUCAAACUUGCUAUCAACAACAUAAAAAAAUCGGAUCUUCACCCGACCCAAACGGAGCUCCAACAAGAAGAUCUCUCUACACCUGUUUCCUCCGGCAUCAGCGCCGGCUCCGGCGAGUAUUUCACUCAACUCGGAAUCGGUCAACCCGCUAAACCCUUUUACAUGGUUCUCGAUACAGGAAGUGAUGUUAACUGGAUCCAAUGCAAACCCUGCUCCGAUUGUUACCAACAAUCCGACCCGAUUUAUGACCCGACUUCAUCUUCAACCUACGAAUCCUUAACCUGCGAAACACAACAGUGUCAACAAUUAGAUACUUCAGCUUGUCGUGACGGUAAAUGUCUCUACCAAGUUGCCUAUGGCGAUGGUUCUUUUACCGUCGGUGAAUAUAUAACAGAAACCGUUUCGUUUGGUGGAUCCGGGUCAUUGAACCGGGUCGCAAUUGGUUGUGGCCAUGAUAAUGAAGGUUUAUUCGUCGGAGCUGCUGGUUUACUUGGACUCGGUGGUGGGUCACUCUCUUUAACUUCACAAAUCAAAGCUACAUCGUUUUCAUAUUGUUUAGUUGAUCGUAACUCAGCAAAAUCGUCCACUCUCGAUAUCAACUCGGUCCAACCCAGUGACUCAGUAACAGCAAAGUUGAUAAAAAAUCAAAAAGUUGACACGUUUUACUUCAUGGACCUCACCGGAAUUAGCGUCGGAGGUCAGUUGAUUUCCAUUCCGCCGCAAGUUUUUGCCGCCGAUGGAUCUGGUAAUGGUGGGAUUAUUAUUGACUCGGGAACAGCGAUAACUCGGUUACAGACUCAAGCAUAUAACUCGCUUCGUGACUCGUUUAAAAAACUUACUCAGAAUUUACGUUCUGCUGAAGGUUUUGCUUUGUUUGACACGUGUUAUGAUUUGUCUAAUUUGCAAAGUGUUCGUGUUCCUACGGUGUCGUUUCAUUUUAGUGAAAAUAAGGUUUGGAAUUUGCCGGCGAAGAAUUACUUGAUUCCGGUGGAUACCGCCGGAACUUUCUGUUUUGCUUUUGCUCCGACACCGUCGUCUUUGUCUAUUAUUGGAAAUGUUCAACAACAAGGGACACGUGUCAGCAUUGAUCUUGUGAACUCUUUGAUUGGAUUCUCACCCAACAAAUGCUAGAUUAUUAAUUUGUAGUAUUUAAUAUUUAACCCCCACUUCUUGAAUAUAAUAAUGUUGUUAUUUUUAUUUAUCAUAAUUUAUUAUAAUGUUGAGAGGGGGAAAAUUUUAAAUAUAUUGUACUAUAGUAGUAGUAUAGUAUAGGUUUUAAUAUUAUUUUAUCAAAAAGAAAAAAUGGUUAUUGGUAUUAUAGUUGUAAGAUUAUAAGGGGGCAUGCAACCAUUGAUUGAAUUGAAUUGUUUGGGUGGUAGAAAGAUACAACCCAAAUAAAUUUUGCCUUUGUAUUGUGUGGUUUAUAAUUAUAAAUUAGUGUUGUUUGGUUAA